AUGCUCGCGCUUGUGUCGGCUAUUCCGACUAGGGAGCUGGAGGAGCGCACCAGCUGUACUAUCUCUUCUGUUUCCACGGCGUCGUCCAUCUCCACCUGUUCGACUGUCACUAUUGAGGCCUUCACCGUAGCUAGCGGAAGUACCUUGAGCCUCUCCCCGAUGUCGGGUGCAACUAUCACCAUGGCUGGCGAUAUCACCUUCGCCAAAACCACCAGUGAUGGCCCGUUAUUUACCAUCGACGGUGACGACAUCACUUUCAAUGGCGCUGGAUAUACAUUUGAUGGAAAUGGCGCUGAUUAUUGGGAUGGUGAAGGCACAGACGGUGGUGUCGACAAGCCUCAUCCCCUCUUGAAAUUCAAAGGCUCCGGCACAUACUCCGAUUUCACUGUCUUGAAUACCCCCGCGCAGGCUAUUUCCAUCGGCAACAGUGACGGUCUCGUCUUUGACAGUAUUACUGUCGACAACAGUGCCGGUGAUACCGAUGACCUCGGUCACAACACCGAUGGUUUCGAUGUUUCCGCGGACGACGUGACUAUCAAAAAUUCGGUCGUGAAGAACCAGGACGAUUGUAUUGCUAUUAACUCAGGCUCGACUAUCGUGUUUGAGAAUAACAAGUGCUCUGGGGGGCAUGGUAUCUCCAUCGGUUCUAUUGCCAGUGAUGCGACCGUCUCCGACGUUACUAUCUCUGGAAACACCGUUACCGACUCUAUGUACGGAUUCAGAAUCAAGGUUGAUGCCACGGCCACAGAUGCCUCGGUGUCCGGUGUCACGUACUCUGGUAACACGCUUAGCGGCAUCGACGAGUACGGUGUUCUGAUUACCCAGUCGUACCCCGCUAAUGAUGGUACUCCCGGAACUGGCGGACCCAUUUCGGAUAUUAACUUUACUGGAAGCGCUACUACUAUCGCGGUUGGAGACGACGCUGAACGAUUGGUCGUCGACUGUGGUGCCUGCUCUGGAACCUGGGAUUUCGCCGAGUUGACGAUAACUGGUGGUUCGGAAGGAAAUGUUUCCAGUAAUGAUGCCACUGUACGGUUUUUUGUUCUCGCCUCUUCUUAA